AUGGUGACUGAAUAUAAGUGUCACAAGAAUUCGUGGCUAGGGAAGCUUUAUGAUUGUAGGGAGAAAUGGUGUCCAGCUUUUAACAAGGAUUAUUUUUCUGGGGGAAUUUUAUCUUCACAAAGGAGUGAAACUACAAAUCAUUCAGUUUCUAGAAGGCUAUCAAAGACUGCUGGUCUGUGUGCUUUCUAUUCCUCUUUUGUUAGCGUUAUUUCUGAGUGGAGAAGUAAAGAAAAUGGUGAAGAUUUUCAUUGUGCUCAAGGGGUACCUGCUAUGACGAUCAACCAUGUGAAAUUUCUUUCACAUGCUAGAGAGCGACCAGAUAUAGACAUUAUAAGGCAUGAAGUUAAUUUUAAGCCAACGAAUCUUGAUGUUUCUUGCAGUUGCAAACUGUUUUCUGAAAUGGGAAUUAUUUGCUGUCAUUGUUUACGCAUACUUAAUGUAAAUUGCGUUCCUAGUAUUCCUGAUAAGUACAUUAUGAAAAGAUGGACUAAAAAGGUUGCGGCUGGUAGGAAUGUGAACAUUGAUUCAUUGUCUUAUAAUGUUGGUAUUCCUCCUUCAAUUUGGAUUGUUGAGAUUAGUAGGAAAUUUCAAAGAUUGGUUUUUUCUAGUCAAGACAAUAGUGUAGCUAGACAGUUUUGUGAUGAAGCAGUUGAGAAUGCAAAGAAAAUGAUUGAAGCUGAGAUUGGGCAAGUGAAUAUUGAAGAGUGUGGUGUUUCAUCUUCAAGUGGUAUUAUUCAAGAUCCUGCAAGCCGGAGAUUGAAAGGAGUGCGUAAUAAAAGGAGGAGUAGUGUUAUUGAAAAGAAGUACACCCUAUAG